GACUCACAGUAACUUUUUUUCUUCAGAAUACGUUCUUAGUUCUUACAAAGAAAAUUUUCUUCAGCUUCUUCUUCUGCGCUCUGUCUCUCCUUUGCCAUCCAAACUGAAUUUCCUCAAUGGAAUCCAUGAACACCCCCAAAUCCCUCAAGACAGCGCAUCUCACCAAAUCAACAAGCACGGCCAUGGCGGACUCCAAUUUCGGCUCCAAGGUGAGGGUAAUCGUGAGGGUACGCCCUUUCCUCUCUAGCGAAAUCGCUGCAAAGCACGAGCUCAGUUCCUGCACCUCCAUUCUAGAUCAAGGCUCCGAAUCUGGAGACGAAGUGGCCGUUUACCUCAAAGAUCCUGAGAGCAGUCGGAGUGAAGUCUAUCAGUUGGACUCGUUCUUCAGCCCGGAAGACAACAACGUCAACAGGAUUUUCCAGAGAGAGGUGAGCCCGUUGAUACCUGGGUUGUUUCAGGGAUGCAAUGCUACAGUUUUCGCCUAUGGAGCUACCGGCAGUGGGAAGACCUACACAAUGCAGGGUAGUGAUGGAUUGCCGGGCCUGAUGCCGCUGGCCGUGUCCAAUAUUCUUUCCAUGUGCAGCAGGACAGCAAGCACAGUUGAAAUUUCAUACUACGAAGUAUACUUGGAGAAAUGUCGUGAUCUUCUUGAACUCAAUGAAAAUGAGAUUGCAAUUCUGGACGACAGAGAGGGGAAAACUCAUCUCAAGGGGCUAUCUAGCGUGCCAGUCCGUUCAAUACCGGAGUUCCAAGAGGUGUUCUCUCGUGGAACUCAGAGAAGGAAGGUUGCACACACGGGUCUCAAUGAUGUCUCCAGCAGGAGCCAUGGGGUGCUGGUGAUAAGUGUCUCCACUCCUAUUGGAGAUGGCUCAUCCGUUUAUGGGAAGCUUAACCUCAUAGAUUUAGCUGGCAACGAAGACAAUAGGAGGACAUUCAAUGAGGGGAUCCGUCUGCAGGAGAGUGCCAAGAUCAACCAGUCCUUGUUUGCUUUGUCGAAUGUUAUCUACGCACUGAACAACAACAAACAGUGGAUACCAUAUCGUGAAAGCAAACUGACCAGGAUUCUGCAGGACUCUCUUGGAGGAACAAGCCGUGCUCUGAUGGUUGCCUGUCUGAAUCCUGGAGAGUACCAAGAAUCCGUAAAUACAGUCAGCUUGGCAUCUAGGUCUCGCCACGUCAAGAAUUUUGUGCCUUCAGCUCAGAAACUGGAGACUCCAAAGGUCAAAAUGAACAUGGAAGCGAAACUCCAAGCUUGGCUGGAAUCAAAGGGAAAGACCAAGAGUAAUGCCCAUAGAGCUUGUGUUUCACCUUCCCCAUUUCCUAUUAAUUCUGCCAAGAGACUUGAUUUCCUAGGCUCUGUUAAAGCAAAGGUCAGUACUCGGAACGCAGCUUCAAACUCCAACAGGUACGGAUUUAGGUCCCGAACUUGUAAAAACUACAAGAUGCUUUCUGUGCCUUUCAGAAGCUUACAGCUGAACGAUGAAAAUUUGUCUGAUCCUUCUGUUGAGCGAGUCAUGGCUCAAGUUGCUGACAUUGAAGGAUCCCUCGAGAAGGAAAAGGAGAAGUUAGAAUCAAAGGAGUCGAUCAACUUAGGAACAGCAUCACCACCAGUGACUGAUAAGAAAAGUAGCAGCAGCACAGUACAGGAAAGUCCUCUAAGGAAGGUGUUAUCCCCAAUCUGUCCGAACAUGAACAGAAUUGUUGAGCAGCAAGCAACUACUCCUCCAAAAACACCACUGCUUGCAACUUGUGGAGGGAAGAUGGUGGCGACCACCCCACUUGACAAAUUCAACGUCAUGAGCUCCAACCUAAAGAGCUCUAUGGUUCAUGAGUAUCUAAACUUCCUGAACACGGCCAGCAGAGGCGAACUACUUGAAAUUAAGGGCAUAGGAGUUAAGCUGGCAGAAUACAUUGUAGAACUCCGAGAAACAAGCCCGUUGAGAUCAUUGAGUGAUUUGGAGAACAUUGGGCUCUCCUCUAAACAGGUUCACAACAUGUUCAGCAGAGCGGCGCAAGGGAUAUUUGAAUCAGCAAAGGAUUAAGGAUUGAAACGAUUGUGUCUCCGGCAAAGGACCUUACCUCACAGCUUUGUCUGUAUUUCUACUAAACCGUACAUCAUAUCCUCGAUGAGCAGUAUUCCUACCGUAUUUGUACACACCUACUGUAAAGGAUUAACCUUCUCGUGCUUAAUGCUAAUCUGAACCCUUGUCUUCCAACUAAUUAGAUUCGAGUUUUGAUACAAACAAACAAACGCAUACUCGAACACGGAAAGCAU